GGGAUUUGUGGUAAAAGGUACGUGUGAAUUUCCCUUUAAGUUUUUUUCUUUGAGCGAAGGUACAACUGGUGGUGUAUGUGUGCAACGUAUUUCUACUAUUCAGUGGAGUAAUCUGAAAACUGUCCCAGGAUUGAGACCAAAAUUGAUAUGAAAAUGAAGAUCCCUAACAGUGGAUCAGGUAAUGGAUAUUACGGUCAUGAAAAUGGAGUAAUUUCGUAUCUCGAUAAUGUGGAAGCAGACACCGAUGUCCAAGCUGCUGGGGAUAAUGAUUUUUCAGAAUACAUGUGGAUGGAAAAUGAGGAGGAAUUUGAUAAACAGGUUCUCCAACAGCUUGAAGAGGAAGAGCUAAUGGAAGAGUGUUUAGAAGCAAUGCUAGAAGAAGAAAGGCAACACCAGAGAAAUCAAACAUCAACUGCUUGGUCGACGGCUACAACUGCUACUGACAGUAAUGGUACUGACCUUUGCCAACAACUGGGAGGCCUUCAAGUACAUGACGAUAUUGCUAAGCAGGUAAUAUUAUUAAUUAGACUAGCAGUAACCAGUAUUAGACUACAGUGGUUCAUGGUCAUUAUUCCUUGGUCAAGUGGCCAAAAUCAUAUGCUACAUUACAAUUUGUCAUUUAUGACAUGAAAAUGAGUCAUCACCUUGUGGCCUUUAUGAACUUGAUAAAAAUCAGUAUGCUGUUGAAAGGUGGGUGAAAUAAUACUUUUAAAUCUUAAUGUAUACAUGUUUAUUUGACGUUUUGAUGGUCCGAUAUAGAGUUUCAUUGCGAAUGUAAAUUCGAGAUUUAAGAUUUCAUACAAAUCAAUCUAUAAUAAACACGCAGUUAACAUGCACUAAUUAAUUGUACAGGGUAUAACAGAAUUAGUGGUCACUAUUUACGUACAGUUAUCUUUGUUGAAAAUGGAAUUAAAAAGUCUUGUAUAAUUUUGUUCCUAUGGUGCAUAGUUUUGCCAUUCAUUCAUUAAAAAUACUCAGUCAGGCGCGUCGAUUAGCGGAACGCGAAUCGGAGAGCACGUCGUGAGUUGUUUUGCACCUACGCCACAAACAUUUUCAAUUCAUUAAUAAAAUGUAAACUGCAUUGUAAGAAAAAAAAUUGUACAGGUCUUUUUGACUCUAUUUUCAAUAAGGAUAACGAUGUGUAAACCAGGUCGCUACGAAUUCUGUUACAUGCUGUCUAAUAAAAAUUCAAGGCUUGUCAUAAUACAGAGAAUUUUCACAGGAAUAACAAAUCGCUAUGACAUUCUGAAUGUAAAAUGUAUUAUUUUAUACUUUGUAUGUGUUCAAAUGUUUGAAUCAAAAUAAUUGUAAAUAUUUGAAUAA